CAAGUUAAGGCACCAACAAUAUCGAUUGGCCAAAUCAAAUAAAUACUCUCGCCAAAUGUUCGAAAAGUAAACAGUUUCGAUUUUGAAAUCUAAACAAAACAAACGAUCAACAUGAAGUUCUUCUCAGCUAUUUUGGUGGCCGUUGUUUGCGCAACGGUUGUAUCCGCCGCACCAUCAACGAAAAAUGAUCUCGCUAGCAUCAUAGACGAUCUCAAGGAUAAUGCACAUCUGAACUGCAUUCAUAAUGUGGUUGGCAAAGUGGUCGGUGAUAGCGAACUCAAGGGCAAAUGGACCGAAACCAAAAUCAAAAUCGACGCUCUGAGAGCUGAAUGGGCAAAAUGCUUGAAAAUGGACGAUCCACAACAACACAAAUGCAUGGUUGCCGUUAUCAAGAAGGGUGCCGAUGUCGCCAGUGAUUUUGUCAAGACAUUGGCUAAUGAAAAAUACUUGCCAUUGCUGAAGCAAAUUGCUGAAAAGGUCUUGGCUGAAUGUUUCAAUGGAGCUAUUGGAGAAGAAGUCAAAGAAAAGUUGCGCCAAAAGGUAAAAUGCGUCAUCUAUGGCAUCACCGAAGCUGUUAAGGGCACCACAUUCGCUCCAGUUUGGGAAGAAUAUUUCAAACAUUUAGUCGAUUUAAACGAACGUAUCAAGGCUUGCGCUCGAAAACCAAGUCAAGUUGACGUAGCUAGAUGCAUUGUCGGUGAAUUGAAAAAAGACGAGUCAAUUCACCGAAAAUUCUUUGAAGAAUUGAAAAAAGUUAGCAAGGAAGAGUUCGUCCGUGUUGCAAAAUACAUCAAGGGAAAAUGCUUCCAAUAAUUGUGAUAAUUCAAAUCAAAUUUACGAUGGAAGUCACGGGAAUUGCAUCACAUAAUUCCAUAAAUGGAUACACAUUUGCUAUCUGAAGAAAUAAAAUAAAUCAACAUUGCAAUGAAA